AUGCGAGAGAACAAGCGCUUCGAGGGUCAAUACAUGGAGAAGGUCUGGUUCGCCGAGGAACAUGUCCGCCGCGCCCGAAAGCUAGAGACCGUGGUCGAUGACGAACGGGCUGCCGAUUGGCACCGUGCUUUUGACGGCCAACAUCAUCCUCAUCUUCAAUCCCUGGCUAUUCACCAGUAUAGCAUCUUCCUAUCGGCAUCUCGCCUGAAGAUCGAUGCCCCGAAUCUUACGAGUGCUGUACUGAAGAAUACGGUGCCGAUCUUCAUAUCCCCUUUACGCAUGCUGCAGAAGCUCGUUCUACACCUGGAAGAGGGCUUCAUGAUCCGAGGCGAUGCACCUGUGCUGAACAUCCUACGGACCACACCUCUCCUUUCCCACCUUGAUCUGAAGUUGCAGGUCGUUUCAAAUAGCGUGAUCGACGAGGUGAAUACCUCUGACGCACCCGUCGCCCUGGAACAUCUGCGGAAAGUUGAUAUUCAACUGCAAGGAUCUGUGGACAAUGCCCUCCUGAUGCCGUCCAUACAGGCACCGGAAACAACUGUUGUACGCAGCGCGCUGCUGAGUAACUGCGCCCGACAGAACGACCUUCUCGGCGCGCUUCCCCAGCUGCGUUGCGAAUGCUGCAACCUCGUCAACCUCGCCGUGGACAGCCUCUUCGCGUUCUCUACCAGCUCAACUAGAGUCAAGGAGCGCGCCAAUGGUCACGUCACCUUCGUCCAAGUCAGCGGCGAUAUCAAUACACCGCUGACGCUCAUCCCCAACUUCACAAUCAACGCCCACAUCAAUGCACUCGUUGCGCGCUUUCAGGCGCCUUACGACGUCGCACGGUCUGCCCCGGCGUUGACUUCGUUUUUUCGCGCCUAUAGCUCGGUGACCAUCCUCAGGCUCGAUACCGACGCUCAGACCAAUCGCGCUCUAUACCAUCUGCUAGCGGAAAACGCAAAGGCAGUCAGGAGCGACUCCGAUGGGUUUCUGUUCCCUGCAUUAGACACCCUUUCCGUCGUACGGUCGUCGAAGCUGUACAUGGACAGCUUGGAACUCGUGAAAGCGCACUGGGAUGCUGUUGUCGACCUGUUGGAGGCGCGCGCAGUGAUCCGACGCCGCGUCAGAGUCUUGUCGUUAUGGGGAGAAUGGGCUUGGAGGAGGUCAUUGGACGCCGAAUCUCUGCGCGUCAUCGAAGAGCGCGCGAUAGACCUUGCCUCCAUAUACGUCGACGAGGUGGACGACUGUCGGGAUGAUCUAGAUUGA